UGGUGGGGAAAGCUUAUUCUCUUCACUUCAAAGGAAGCGUUGUCCAACCAACCGGCAUCAUCAUACUCACUCAAGGCGGGAAUAGAACCGGUCACAAGAAAAUAGCUUACCUUGGAAUAAAACCGCAUCUUUUUUGAAUCCGAGCACGUUUUUAUAUGAAAAACGAAUUUCUUUUGUGAUUUUUCGCCAAAAAUUUCAUAUUGGAAUAAUUCUUGGAGCUCAUUUUAUCGUCUUCCAUAUUUUGUGAAUACAUAUCGUCUGCUUUUUUGAAAACAUUCUUUUGGUUUUUAAGAUAACAGACCAUUUAACCGAAAGAUGGGUAACAGAACAAGUAAAAAGGCUGAGAUAACUACGCCUCCUACGAAAGAUAAGAAAUUAAAAAGAAAAAAGAGCAAGAAAGAGGUAGCAUCUGCGAAUGGUGAUACUGGUAUCGAAGAAGUAGGCAUUCAGGAGAAGAAAGAUGACAUUGCAAUUACUGAAAAUGGAACUAAAAGUGCAGAAGAAACUGAAGUUAAGAAGGAAGAGACUCAAAGUGCAACAUCUGGCGAUGCACCAACUGACAUAGUUCAGGACAGUCCUGGUAAAGAAGCACCAAGUGUUGCUGUCAUAUCUGAGGUUCAGUCACCCACUAGUGAAGCAUCUCCUGUUGCUGAGGAAUCAAAGGAAAAAACACAAGUUGAAGCUAAAAUUGAGUCUGUUGCUGAAACUAAGACAGAAACGGCUGUAGAAGCAAAGCCAGAGACCCCUGUGGAAGUGAAACCAGAUGCAACUGUAGAAGCACAGCCGCAAGCACCUGUAGAAACUAAAGCAGCUUCUCCUAUUGAAGAAAAAGUAGCAUCUCCUGUUGUUGAAGAAAAAGUUGCAUCCCCUGUUGUAGAGGAAAAAGUUGCAUCCCCUGUUGUCGAAGAAAAAGUUGCAUCCCCUGUUGUAGAAGAAAAAGUAGCAUCCCCUGUUGUAGAAGAAAAAGUAGCAUCCCCUGUUGUAGAAGAAAAAGUAGCAUCCCCUGUUGUAGAAGAAAAAGUAGCAUCCCCUGUUGUAGAAGAAAAAGUAGCAUCCCCUGUUGUAGAAGAAAAAGUAGCAUCCCCUGUUGUAGAAGAAAAAGUAGCAUCCCCUGUUGUAGAAGAAAAAGUAGCAUCCCCUGUUGUAGAAGAAAAAGUAGCAUCCCCUGUUGUAGAAGAAAAAGUAGCAUCCCCUGUUGUAGAAGAAAAAGUAGCAUCCCCUGUUGAAGAAAAAGUAGCAUCCCCCGUAGAAGAGAUUAAGGCAGCUAUCCCAGUAGUGGAAACAAAAGCAGAAACCCCUGUAGAGGAGACAAAACCAGAAACCCCCAUUGAAGAAACUAAAGCAGAAACACCCGUAGAAGAAACUAAAGCUGAUACUCCCGUAGAAGAAACUAAAGCUGAUACUCCCUUAGAAGAAACUAAAGCUGAAAUUCCCGUAGAAGAAACUAAAGCUGAAACUCCCGUAGAAGAAACUAAAGCUGAAACUCCCGUAGAAGAAACUAAGGCUGAAACUCCCGUAGAAGAAACUAAGGCUGAAACUCCCGUAGAAGAAACUAAAGCUGAAACUCCCGUAGAAGAAACUAAAGCUGAAACUCCUAUAGAAGAAACAAAAGCUGAAACUCCGGUAGAAGAAAUUAAAACUGAAGCAUCUUCUAUUCAAGAAAAUUUGCCAGCACCUCCAGAAAGUCCAAAAAAUGAAUCACCCGUAGAAAUAGUUUCAGAAGAACAAAAAUCUGUCCCAGUAUCACCUGUAGAAACAACACCAACAGAAGCAGAUAAACCAACUUCUCCUGCCCCAACAGAAACUAAAGUAAAUGGAGAGGUUAAUGGGGACAUUGUGCAAAAUGAGGUUACAAAUGGAACUGUCAAUGGUGAUCAAAAUGGUACUGCUGAAAUCCCUACUUUGAUUUCGUGGAAAAAAGAGGCUAAUAGAGUUGAAAUUUCUGGAGAUUUCAACCAAUGGGGUGACAAUUGUGUUCUUAAUUUGCAGGAUGGUGCUUUUUCAACUAAGUUGAAACUACCUCAAGGAAAAUAUCACAUUAAAUACCUUGUGGAUGGAACCUGGACUAUUGAUGAAAGCCAACCUGUCGUGGAGUUAGAUGGCCAUGGUCAAGUAAAUGAAUUGACCGUUCAAGGAGAAUAAAGAAUGAUGCCAUAAGAUGUGUAUAUUACAUUAUGUAAAGUUUGUGUCCCGUGAAGGAACUUUUAUGAAUGUAGUCCUAUUCUACACCCUCUCACCUGGAAGUAUUAAAUUUUUCUGAAAAAGCUUUUAUGCGCAAUGAUAACAUUUAUAUCUUGAUUCAUUGCAUAUGGUGGACUAUAUAGGUUGUGAAUGUACGCAACUUUUAUUGUGCAGUUUGUGACAUAAAGGACACAUAAGCACUGUAUAGGAUUGAGAUGUUUUUUUUUUCCUUUAAAAAAUAUAAAGUAGCAAAUUGUAGUGUAGAAGUGUAUGUGCUAGUUCAUAUCAAAUUUUCCUCCAAUUGUAUAUCUGCAAUUCAUUACAGCGUCCAUAAAAGCAGUUUAAAUUGAUGAAACCGAAUCAAAAGUUAAUUUGUUCCUGUCUGUUUUAUUAUAAUCAAUGUUUCUGAUUUGAUCAAAUUUUUGUGUAUUUUUUUUUAAAAAUUAAUCCAUCAGUUCCUUUAUAAAGCAGAGCUUUACAUUUUCCCUGAUUAUUGAUCAUUUUAAAUGCUGUAAUGAAUUGGUCCUCAUUGACAAAAUUAUUAUUUUUUUUUAAAUCUGUAAAUAUCUUAUCUAUAUUUAAGCCCAAGUUGAAAAUUAGAGCUGGAUAACAUUAAGUUGUAAUAUGGUUUUCCAACUGUUUUUACGCAUAUAUUAAAUGGUAUUUUAUUAUAGUAUAUAUAUUUUUUUUUCAGUAUUUUUAAUUUGUAAAUUGGUGUGCAAGAGAUAAUUUGAACUUCAACAGUUGAACGGGUCGUAUAAAAGUCCCUGAAAAAAAUAAAAAAUAAACUUUGAAUAAUUUUGCAGAAAGAAUAAAAAUAAUGAUUAAAGUUAGUAGCAUUAAUUUGCUACUUCACUUUUUUUUUUCACUUUUAAGCUUAUGGAAAUUUUUUGUAUGGAAUGAGAAACUUUACUUUAAACAAGAAUCUUUCUAGUGGGUUUUAAAAUUAAAGCUCCAGUUCUACAAAACAGUGAAGGAAGAUUUAAUGUAUGUUCACAUGAAUAUUUGGAUGUAUGUUAUGCUGGUUAUGCUAAAAGGUUUCCAUUAGAAUAAAAAUGUGAAAUUUCCCCUAUCUGUGGCACUGUAACAAAGAAAAAUUAAAAUAACAGUUCAAAAAAUCGAUAUUUUUAAUAUUUAACACUUGUGUGUGCUUUAUGUGCAUGUCUUGUCAAUCAAAUACUAUUCUAAGUGUACUACCACUUUAUCAACAUCUGUACAUAUCAGCAUAAAUAAAAGCAUAGUUGUCAUUGCUGGUUUUUCAAGUCCACUUAAGUAAUUACAUAUCUUUGUGAAAUGCAAUCAUUGAGAAAACCUAAUAACGAAAUGUCCUUAGAGUUAAUAUCUGGUGAUCAUGCUGGCCUCUAAAUCUUUAUUAUACGAAGUGACAUGGGCUAUUUAUUAGCAUGUUUUAGUAAACCGGGCAUUCUAUAGGCAAAAUUUCAAAAAACAUUUUUCUGGUGGUAACCUUUGCCUCAUAACAUGUAUUUGAAAUUUCCUUUGAAUCCUUUAAGCAGAACCGGAACUACGAGCCUUUGAGCACACUCUGUUCAUUUUAAGUACCCUGUAUAAGAAAUCUAUAUUGGUAUUGGCGAUGUAUCAUGAAAAUUGCUGCAUAGAAAAAAUUAUGUAUCCAGCUCUAAUUUUCAUAACUGAUUGGGUGUUCCGAAUUAAGUUUUUUCUUUCUUUUUUAGAUGUUUCUAUGUUUAAACGAGUAAUAUCUAAGUAACUUUCAAAUCGAAUGCAUUUUUUUCAAAAGCCCACUGUUUGUAAGUUUAUAGUAAUUUACACAUACUUUUUAAAACAUUUUAAAUGGUGUUGCCAAAUCUUUUUUAUAAACUAGAUUUUACAUUUUUUUAAAAAGUAGCUGUCCACAAAAUUAUACUUCCACAAAUAAGGUGUCUAUUUACAGUUUUUAAGAUAUUGUUUUUUAUCUCUACCUUUUUUGGAAUUGAGAUACUAAAAUAAGUAGUGCCUUUUUUACGAAAGUCACUUUAUUUCUGACGCAAUAGCAUUUUGAAAAAAAGAAAAAUUUAUCAAAUCUUUGAAUGUAUUUAUAUGAAUUUAUAAUCAUUUGGUGCUGUAUUUUCUUAGUACAUUUCUGAAAAUUUAGUUUGAAAACAUUUAAGUUCUAGUCAAACUGAACAUUUUUGAAAAAUCUACUAACAAUACUCUAUUAGAAUAACACAACACCCUUUGAAUUUUAUAUAUUGUAAUUUGCAUCAUUAUUUUAUAUUUCGUUGACAUUUCAUAUUGUUAAUAUUUUGUACUACAAACUGCUUUUUCAAAUAAAAAAUUAAAAGGAUGAAAAA